CUUCUCUCUCACCCCUCCCACCCGUUCCAAUCCAACUUCUCUCUCACCCCUCCCACCCGUUCCAAUCCAACUUCUCUCUCACCCCUCCCACCCGUUCCAAUCCAACUUCUCUCUCACCCCUCCCACCCGUUCCAAUCCAACUUCUCUCUCACCCCUCCCACCCGUUCCAAUCCAACUUCUCUCUCACCCCUCCCACCCGUUCCAAUCCAACUUCUCUCUCACCCCUCCCACCCGUUCCAAUCCAACUUCUCUCUCACCCCUCCCACCCGUUCCAAUCCAACUUCUCUCUCACCCCUCCCACCCGUUCCAAUCCAACUUCUCUCUCACCCCUCCCACCCGUUCCAAUCCAACUUCUCUCUCACCCCUCCCACCCGUUCCAAUCCAACUUCUCUCUCACCCCUCCCACCCGUUCCAAUCCAACUUCUCUCUCACCCCCUCCCACCCGUUCCAAUCCAACUUCUCUCUCACCCCUCCCACCCGUUCCAAUCCAACUUCUCUCUCACCCCUCCCACCCGUUCCAAUCCAACUUCUCUCUCACCCCUCCCACCCGUUCCAAUCCAACUUCUCUCUCACCCCUCCCACCCGUUCCAAUCCAACUUCUCUCUCACCCCUCCCACCCGUUCCAAUCCAACUUCUCUCUCACCCCUCCCACCCGUUCCAAUCCAACUUCUCUCUCACCCCUCCCACCCGUUUCCAAUCCAACUUCUCUCUCACCCCUCCCACCCGUUCCAAUCCAACUUCUCUCUCACCCCUCCCACCCGUUCCAAUCCAACUUCUCUCUCACCCCUCCCACCCGUUCCAAUCCAACUUCUCUCUCACCCCUCCCACCCGUUCCAAUCCAACUUCUCUCUCACCCCUCCCACCCGUUCCAAUCCAACUUCUCUCUCACCCCUCCCACCCGUUCCAAUCCAACUUCUCUCUCACCCCUCCCACCCGUUCCAAUCCAACUUCUCUCUCACCCCUCCCACCCGUUCCAAUCCAACUUCUCUCUCACCCCUCCCACCCGUUCCAAUCCAACUUCUCUCUCACCCCUCCCACCCGUUCCAAUCCAACUUCUCUCUCACCCCUCCCACCCGUUCCAAUCCAACUUCUCUCUCACCCCUCCCACCCGUUCCAAUCCAACUUCUCUCUCACCCCUCCCACCCGUUCCAAUCCAACUUCUCUCUCACCCCUCCACCCGUUCCAAUCCAACUUCUCUCUCACCCCUCCCACCCGUUCCAAUCCAACUUCUCUCUCACCCCUCCCACCCGUUCCAAUCCAACUUCUCUCUCACCCCUCCCACCCGUUCCAAUCCAACUUCUCUCUCACCCCUCCCACCCGUUCCAAUCCAACUUCUCUCUCACCCCUCCCACCCGUUCCAAUCCAACUUCUCUCUCACCCCUCCCACCCGUUCCAAUCCAACUUCUCUCUCACCCCUCCCACCCGUUCCAAUCCAACUUCUCUCUCACCCCUCCCACCCGUUCCAAUCAACUUCUCUCUCACCCCUCCCACCCGUUCCAAUCCAACUUCUCUCUCACCCCUCCCACCCGUUCCAAUCCAACUUCUCUCUCACCCCUCCCACCCGUUCCAAUCCAACUUCUCUCUCACCCCUCCCACCCGUUCCAAUCCAACUUCUCUCUCACCCCUCCCACCCGUUCCAAUCCAACUUCUCUCUCACCCCUCCCACCCGUUCCAAUCCAACUUCUCUCUCACCCCUCCCACCCGUUCCAAUCCAACUUCUCUCUCACCCCUCCCACCCGUUCCAAUCCAACUUCUCUCUCACCCCUCCCACCCGUUCCAAUCCAACUUCUCUCUCACCCCUCCCACCCGUUCCAAUCCAACUUCUCUCUCACCCCUCCCACCCGUUCCAAUCCAACUUCUCUCUCACCCCUCCCACCCGUUCCAAUCCAACUUCUCUCUCACCCCUCCCACCCGUUCCAAUCCAACUUCUCUCUCACCCCUCCCACCCGUUCCAAUCCAACUUCUCUCUCACCCCUCCCACCCGUUCCAAUCCAACUUCUCUCUCACCCCUCCCACCCGUUCCAAUCCAACUUCUCUCUCACCCCUCCCACCCGUUCCAAUCCAACUUCUCUCUCACCCCUCCCACCCGUUCCAAUCCAACUUCUCUCUCACCCCUCCCACCCGUUCCAAUCCAACUUCUCUCUCACCCCUCCCACCCGUUCCAAUCCAACUUCUCUCUCACCCCUCCCACCCGUUCCAAUCCAACUUCUCUCUCACCCCUCCCACCCGUUCCAAUCCAACUUCUCUCUCACCCCUCCCACCCGUUCCAAUCCAACUUCUCUCUCACCCCUCCCACCCGUUCCAAUCCAACUUCUCUCUCACCCCUCCCACCCGUUCCAAUCCAACUUCUCUCUCACCCCUCCCACCCGUUCCAAUCCAACUUCUCUCUCACCCCUCCCACCCGUUCCAAUCCAACUUCUCUCUCACCCCUCCCACCCGUUCCAAUCCAACUUCUCUCUCACCCCUCCCACCCGUUCCAAUCCAACUUCUCUCUCACCCCUCCCACCCGUUCCAAUCCAACUUCUCUCUCACCCCUCCCACCCGUUCCAAUCCAACUUCUCUCUCACCCCUCCCACCCGUUCCAAUCCAACUUCUCUCUCACCCCUCCCACCCGUUCCAAUCCAACUUCUCUCUCACCCCUCCCACCCGUUCCAAUCCAACUUCUCUCUCACCCCUCCCACCCGUUCCAAUCCAACUUCUCUCUCACCCCUCCCACCCGUUCCAAUCCAACUUCUCUCUCACCCCUCCCACCCGUUCCAAUCCAACUUCUCUCUCACCCCUCCCACCCGUUCCAAUCCAACUUCUCUCUCACCCCUCCCACCCGUUCCAAUCCAACUUCUCUCUCACCCCUCCCACCCGUUCCAAUCCAACUUCUCUCUCACCCCUCCCACCCGUUCCAAUCCAACUUCUCUCUCACCCCUCCCACCCGUUCCAAUCCAACUUCUCUCUCACCCCUCCCACCCGUUCCAAUCCAACUUCUCUCUCACCCCUCCCACCCGUUCCAAUCCAACUUCUCUCUCACCCCUCCCACCCGUUCCAAUCCAACUUCUCUCUCACCCCUCCCACCCGUUCCAAUCCAACUUCUCUCUCACCCCUCCCACCCGUUCCAAUCCAACUUCUCUCUCACCCCUCCCACCCGUUCCAAUCCAACUUCUCUCUCACCCCUCCCACCCGUUCCAAUCCAACUUCUCUCUCACCCCUCCCACCCGUUCCAAUCCAACUUCUCUCUCACCCCUCCCACCCGUUCCAAUCCAACUUCUCUCUCACCCCUCCCACCCGUUCCAAUCCAACUUCUCUCUCACCCCUCCCACCCGUUCCAAUCCAACUUCUCUCUCACCCCUCCCACCCGUUCCAAUCCAACUUCUCUCUCACCCCUCCCACCCGUUCCAAUCCAACUUCUCUCUCACCCCUCCCACCCGUUCCAAUCCAACUUCUCUCUCACCCCUCCCACCCGUUCCAAUCCAACUUCUCUCUCACCCCUCCCACCCGUUCCAAUCCAACUUCUCUCUCACCCCUCCCACCCGUUCCAAUCCAACUUCUCUCUCACCCCUCCCACCCGUUCCAAUCCAACUUCUCUCUCACCCCUCCCACCCGUUCCAAUCCAACUUCUCUCUCACCCCUCCCACCCGUUCCAAUCCAACUUCUCUCUCACCCCUCCCACCCGUUCCAAUCCAACUUCUCUCUCACCCCUCCCACCCGUUCCAAUCCAACUUCUCUCUCACCCCUCCCACCCGUUCCAAUCCAACUUCUCUCUCACCCCUCCCACCCGUUCCAAUCCAACUUCUCUCUCACCCCUCCCACCCGUUCCAAUCCAACUUCUCUCUCACCCCUCCCACCCGUUCCAAUCCAACUUCUCUCUCACCCCUCCCACCCGUUCCAAUCCAACUUCUCUCUCACGUCCAAACUUCUCUCUCACCCUCCCACCCGUUCCAAUCCAACUUCUCUCUCACCCCUCCCACCCGUUCCAAUCCAACUUCUCUCUCACCCCUCCCACCCGUUCCAAUCCAACUUCUCUCUCACCCCCUCCCACCCGUUCCAAUCCAACUUCUCUCUCACCCCCUCCCACCCGUUCCAAUCCAACUUCUCUCUCACCCCUCCCACCCGUUCCAAUCCAACUUCUCUCUCACCCCUCCCACCCGUUCCAAUCCAACUUCUCUCUCACCCCUCCCACCCGUUCCAAUCCAACUUCUCUCUCACCCCUCCCACCCGUUCCAAUCCAACUUCUCUCUCACCCCUCCCACCCGUUCCAAUCCAACUUCUCUCUCACCCCUCCCACCCGUUCCAAUCCAACUUCUCUCUCACCCCUCCCACCCGUUCCAAUCCAACUUCUCUCUCACCCCUCCCACCCGUUCCAAUCCAACUUCUCUCUCACCCCUCCCACCCGUUCCAAUCCAACUUCUCUCUCACCCCUCCCACCCGUUCCAAUCCAACUUCUCUCUCACCCCUCCCACCCGUUCCAAUCCAACUUCUCUCUCACCCCUCCCACCCGUUCCAAUCCAACUUCUCUCUCACCCCUCCCACCCGUUCCAAUCCAACUUCUCUCUCACCCCUCCCACCCGUUCCAAUCCAACUUCUCUCUCACCCCUCCCACCCGUUCCAAUCCAACUUCUCUCUCACCCCUCCCACCCGUUCCAAUCCAACUUCUCUCUCACCCCUCCCACCCGUUCCAAUCCAACUUCUCUCUCACCCCUCCCACCCGUUCCAAUCCAACUUCUCUCUCACCCCUCCCACCCGUUCCAAUCCAACUUCUCUCUCACCCCUCCCACCCGUUCCAAUCCAACUUCUCUCUCACCCCUCCCACCCGUUCCAAUCCAACUUCUCUCUCACCCCUCCCACCCGUUCCAAUCCAACUUCUCUCUCACCCCUCCCACCCGUUCCAAUCCAACUUCUCUCUCACCCCUCCCACCCGUUCCAAUCCAACUUCUCUCUCACCCCUCCCACCCGUUCCAAUCCAACUUCUCUCUCACCCCUCCCACCCGUUCCAAUCCAACUUCUCUCUCACCCCUCCCACCCGUUCCAAUCCAACUUCUCUCUCACCCCUCCCACCCGUUCCAAUCCAACUUCUCUCUCACCCCUCCCACCCGUUCCAAUCCAACUUCUCUCUCACCCCUCCCACCCGUUCCAAUCCAACUCUCUCACCCUCCCACCCGUUCCAAUCCAACUUCUCUCUCACCCCUCCCACCCGUUCCAAUCCAACUUCUCUCUCACCCCUCCCACCCGUUCCAAUCCAACUUCUCUCUCACCCCUCCCACCCGUUCCAAUCCAACUUCUCUCUCACCCCUCCCACCCGUUCCAAUCCAACUUCUCUCUCACCCCUCCCACCCGUUCCAAUCCAACUUCUCUCUCACCCCUCCCACCCGUUCCAAUCCAACUUCUCUCUCACCCCUCCCACCCGUUCCAAUCCAACUUCUCUCUCACCCCUCCCACCCGUUCCAAUCCAACUUCUCUCUCACCCCUCCCACCCGUUCCAAUCCAACUUCUCUCUCACCCCUCCCACCCGUUCCAAAUCCAACUUCUCUCUCACCCCUCCACCCGUUCCAAUCCAACUUCUCUCUCACCCCUCCCACCCGUUUCCAAUCCAACUUCUCUCUCACCCUCCCACCCGUUCCAAUCCAACUUCUCUCUCACCCCUCCCACCCGUUCCAAUCCAACUUCUCUCUCACCCCGUCCCCACCCGUUCCAAUCCAACUUCUCUCUCACCCCUCCCACCCGUUCCAAUCCAACUUCUCUCUCACCCCUCCCACCCGUUCCAAUCCAACUUCUCUCUCACCCCUCCCACCCGUUCCAAUCCAACUUCUCUCUCACCCCUCCCACCCGUUCCAAUCCAACCUUCUCUCUCACCCCUCCCACCCGUUCCAAUCAACUUUCUCUCUCACCCCUCCCCACCCGUUCCAAUCCAACUUCUCUCUCACCCCUCCCACCCGUUCCAAUCCAACUUCUCUCUCACCCCUCUCCGCACCCGUUCGGCAAUCCAACUUCUCUCCUCCACCCCUCCCACCCGUUCCAAUCCAACUUCUCUCUCACCCCUCCCACCCGUUCCAAUCCAACUUCUCUCUCACCCUCCACCCGUUCCAAGCCAACUUCAUCUUACUAACCCCUCCCACCCGUUCCAAUCCAACUUCUCUCUCACCCUCUCCCACCGUUCCAAUCCAACUUCUCGUCUCACCCUCCCACCCGGUCCAAUCCAACUUCUCUCUCACCCCUCCCACCCGUUCCAAUCCAACUUCUCUCUCACCCCUCCACCCGUUCCAAUCCAACUUCUCUCUCACCCCUCCCACCCGUUCCAAUCCAACUUCUCUCUCACCCCUCCCACCCGUUCCAAUCCAACUUCUCUCUCACCCCUCCCACCCGUUCCAAUCCAACUUCUCUCUCACCCCUCCCACCCGUUCCAAUCCAACUUCUCUCUCACCCCUCCCACCCGUUCCAAUCCAACUUCUCUCUCACCCCUCCCACCCGUUCCAAUCCAACUUCUCUCUCACCCCUCCCACCCGUUCCAAUCCAACUUCUCUCUCACCCCUCCCACCCGUUCCAAUCCAACUUCUCUCUCACCCCUCCCACCCGUUCCAAUCCAACUUCUCUCUCACCCCUCCCACCCGUUCCAAUCCAACUUCUCUCUCACCCCUCCCACCCGUUCCAAUCCAACUUCUCUCUCACCCCUCCCACCCGUUCCAAUCCAACUUCUCUCUCACCCCUCCCACCCGUUCCAAUCCAACUUCUCUCUCACCCCUCCCACCCGUUCCAAUCCAACUUCUCUCUCACCCCUCCCACCCGUUCCAAUCCAACUUCUCUCUCACCCCCUCCCAACCCGUUCCAAUCCAACUUCUCUCUCACCCCUCCCACCCGUUCCAAUCCAACUUCUCUCCCCCCCCCACCCGUUCCAAUCCUCUCUCUCCCCUCCACCCGUUCCAAUCCAACUUCUCUCUCACCCCUCCCACUCCGUUCCAAUCCAACUUCUCUCUCACCCCUCCCACCCGUCCAAUCCAACUUCUCUCUCAACCCUCCCACCCGUUCCAAUCCAACUUCUCUCUCACCCCCUCCCACCCCUUCUCUCUCACCCCUCCCACCCGUUCCAAUCCAACUUCUCUCUCACCCCUCCCACCCUUCCAAUCCAACUUCUCUCCUCACCCCUCCCACCCUUCCAAUCCACUUCUCUCUCACCCCUCCCACCCGUUCCAAUCCAACUUCUCUCUCACCCCUCCCACCCACCCGUUCCAAUCCAACUUCUCUCUCACCCCUCCCACCCGUUCAAUCCAACUUCUCUCUCACCCCUCCCACCCGUUCCAAUCCAACUUCUCUCUCACCCCUCCCACCCGUUUCCAAUCCAACUUCUCUCUCACACCCUCCCACCCGUUCCAAUCCAACUUCUCUCUCACCCCUCCCACCGUUCCAAUCCAACUUCUCUCUCACCCCUCCCACCCGUUCCAAUCCAACUUCUCUCUCCCCCUCCCACCCGUUCCAAUCCAACUUCUCUCUCCACCCCUCCCACCCGUUCCAAUCCAACUUCUCUCUCACCCCUCCCACCCGUUUUCCAAUCCAACUUCUCUCUCACCCCUCCCACCCGUUCCAAUCCAACUUCUCUCUCACCCCUCCCACCCGUUCCAAUCCAACUUCUCUCUCCCCCUCCCACCCGUUCCAAUCCAACUUCUCUCUCACCCCUCCCACCCGUUCCAAUCCAACUUCUCUCUCACCCCUCCCACCCGUUCCAAUCCAACUUCUCUCUCACCCCUCCCACCCGUUCCAAUCCAGCCUUCUCUCUCACCCCCUCCCACCCGUUCCAAUCCAACUUCUCUCUCACCCCUCCCACCCGUUCCAAUCCACAACUCUCUCUCACCCCUCCCACCCGUUCCAAUCCACUUCCUCAUCUCACCCAUCCCACCCGUUCCAAUCCAACUUCUCUCUCACCCCUCCCACCCGUUCCAAUCCAACUUCUCUCUCACCCCUCCCACCCUUUCUCAAUCCAACUUCUCUCUCACGCCUCCCACCCGUUCCAAUCCACUUCUCUCUCACCCCCUUCCCACCCGUUCCAAUCCACUUCUCUCUCACCCUCCCACCCGUUUCCAAUCCAACUUCUCUCUCACCCUCCCACCCGUUCCAAUCCAAACUUCUCUCUCACCCUCCCACCCGUUUCCAAUCCAACUUCUCUCUCACCCCUCCCACCCGUUCCAAUCCAACUUCUCUCUCACCCCUCCCACCCGUUCCAAUCCAACUUCUCUCUCACCCCUCCCACACCGUUCCAAUCCAACUUCUCUCUCACUCCCUCCCACCCGUUCCAAUCCAACUUCUCUCUCACCCCUACCACCCGUUCCAACCACUUCUCUCUCCCCCUCCCACCCGUUCAAUCCAACUUCUCUCUCACCCCUCCCACCCGUUCCAAUCCAACUUCUCUCUCACCCCUCCCACCCGUUCCAAUCCAACUUCUCUCCUCACCCCCCCCUCCCCCCGUUCCAAUCCAACUUCUCUCUCACCCCUCCACCGUUUCCAAUCCAACGUCUCUCUCACCCCUCCCACCCGUUCCAAUCCACUUUCUCUCACCCCUCCCACCCGUUCCAAUCCAACUUCUCUCUCACCCCUCCCACCCGUUCCAAUCCAACUUCUCUCUCACCCCUCCCACCCGUUCCAAUCAACUUCUCUCUCACCCCCCCACCCGUUCCAAUCCCAACUUCUCUCUCACCCCUCCCACCCGUUCCAAUCCAUUCUCUCUCACCCCCCAACCCGUUCCAAUCCAACUUCUCUCUCACCCCUCCCACCCGUUCCAAUCCAACUUCUCUCUCACCCCUCCCACCCGUUCCAAUCCAACUUCUCUCUCACCCCUCCCACCCGUUCCAAUCCAACUUCUCUCUCACCCCUCCCACCCGUUCCAAUCCAACUUCUCUCUCACCCCUCCACCCGUUCCAUCCAACUUCUCUCUCACCCCUCCCACCACGUUCCAUCCAACUUCUCUCUCACCCCUUCCCACCGUUCAAUCCAACUUCUCUCUCACCCCUCCCACCCGUUCCAAUCCAACUUCUCUCUCACCCCCCACCCGUUCCAAUCCAACUUCUCUCUCACCCCUCCCACCCGUUCCAAUCCAACUUCUCUCUCACCCCUCCCCACCCGUUCCAUCCAACUUCUCUCUCACCCCUCCCCCCGUUCCAAUCCAACUUCUCUCUCACCCCUCCCACCCGUUCCAUCAACUUCUCUCUCACCCCCUCCCACCCGUUUCAAUCCAACUCUCUCUCACCCCUCCCUCCCGUUCCAAUCCACUUCUCUCUCACGCCCCUCCCACCCGUUUCCAAUCCACUUCUCUCUCACGCCCUCCCACCCGUUCCAUCCAACUUUCUCUCUCACCCCUCCCACCCGUUCAAUCCACUUCUCUCUCACCCUCCCACCCGUUCCAAUCCAGCUUCUCUCUCACCCCUCCCACUUUUUCCUCUGCAUCAGCUCGUGCUGCUCUACCCGCUGCUCUUCAUUCUCCAGCUCGUGCUGCUCUACCCACUGCUCUUCAUUCUCCAGCUCGUGCUGCUCUACCCACUGCUCUUCAUUCUCCAGGUGAGCCCCCCUUUCUCUCGCUCUCUCUCUUUUACCUCUGCAUCAGCUCGUGCUGCUCUACCCACUGCUCUUCAUUCUCCAGCUCGUGCUGCUCUACCCACUGCUCUUCAUUCUCCAGCUCGUGCUGCUCUACCCGCUGCUCUUCAUUCUCCAGGUGAGCCGCUUUGCAUUUGUUCCUCACACUCUCAUUCUUUUUCUUUGAAGGGCUGCCUCUGCGUGCGCCUCUCAACCGCACCUUACCGCAUUGCAAUCCCUCCCACGUGCCUCUCUCCCUCCCGCUCUCUCAUUCGUCCUCUGCAGUUCUUCCAGCUCUAUAUCGGGGUGCGCCUGCUCCGCACAUCACUCUACGAAAUGUUCGAGUGGCAGCUUUUUGCAUGUGGCAUUCUCCUUAUAGUUAUGGCAGUUGGUAACUUCACCAACACUGUAGCUACUGUGGCCACUAAGCUUACCAUCAAAGCCAAGAUGCGCAAGAAGGGCGGAGGAUCCAAGUCCCAAGAUUCCAACAAGGCGUCUGCAUCUCCUCACAAAGCAGACUAA